AUGGCUAAACCUCAACCCUCCUGGGGUCUCGCCCCCGAGAUACCCGCCUCCCCGCGAACUAUGCGAACACUACGAAAGAUCCAGUCUCACCAAGUACUGUCAACCUCCAGCGCGCUCAUCGCCCAAACCCAGGCCUCGCGCGCUUCUGAAUCCUACGCUACAGACAAUGAAUCAGCUGGAUUGCCCGCCGCUGCGACACGAGCGCGGGCACACCGUCGAGCACGGUCGAAUAGCGACGCGGCUACUCGUGAAGCUCCAGCUGCACCACCCACUGCAACGCACAGACGACCUGCCCGGAAAACAGGUUCGGGGAUUGGACUGAAGCGAUCGCUCUUAGAGAAUUUCCUGCGCGAUGGCCCUCCAAAUGGAGAUCCCCAUGAGGGGCUUCAAGAGCUGAAAUACCUCGUGCUAUCCAGCAGAGUGGACGCUGAUGGAGAUGGCAUGUCGCCCUACCGAAUUUACCUCUGGUUGAUCCUUCUGAACGUCCCGCCAAUGCCAACGGACGACUACCUCGCCCUCAUCCACCGCGGCCGGUCCCCCGCUUACGCCAAAAUCCGCAAUGAUACGUUCCGUACCUUAGCUACAGACCCUCUCUUCAAACGCCGCGUCACAGAAGCAAGUUUGAUCCGGUUGCUCAAUGCUGUUGCAUGGAAACUUCACGACUCCAAGCCGAAACCCCGGUCUCGUCCGACAUCCUCCCGGCGGCGUGAGAUGGAGCUUCUUGUAAACACUCCGCCUAGCAUUGCAGAGGAAAGUUCGUUUGGCGGGGAGCUGGAGAGUAUCAAUAGUGGUGCUACAAGUGACUCGGCAAUCUACGUUCAGGGUAUGAACGUGUUAUGCGCGCCUUUCCUCUACGCGGCUCGCAGUGAGGUUGAAGCUUUUGCUCUGUUCCAUUACUUUGUUACUCGGGAAUGCCCGGGGUAUAUUCGCGGGGCUAUGGAUGGCGUGCACAGGGGUCUUCGCUUGGUUGAUCGAUGUCUUGAGGUUGUAGAGCCUAAGCUUGCGGCAUAUCUCUUUUCUAAGGGCAUGCAUGCCGAGCUCUACGCUUUCCCUUCAGUACUGACUUUGUGUGCUUGUACGCCUCCACUACCGGAGGUCCUGCAUCUGUGGGAUUUCUUGUUUGCAUAUGGACCACACUUGAACAUUCUGUGCAUAGUUGCCCAGCUUAUACGGAUGCGAGAUAUGAUCUUUGACAGCCCGAGUCCGAACAGGAUUCUCCGUUCAUUCCCUCCUCUCGACGCAAAGGAGAUUAUUGCAUUGACGGUUCUCAUUGUCCGGAAGAUCCCAGAGGAUCUUUACGCAGAAAUGAUUAAUCACGCAAAGUAG